GUGGAACAUAUCCGUUGCAGAAGACUACAGAUUACAGAAGCGCUCGCUCGCUGUUGUUGCUGCUGCCAACUGAAGGGAUGCGAGCCACGGCCACCGCAGGAGGCCGUGCGGUGUUCCACCUCCAACACCUCCGCCCGCGCCCGCCAUGGCGAGCUCUUCCUCCUGCUGCCACCACGCACCUCUCCCGCUCCGCGCCAGCGAGGCGAGCCGACCACCGUUGCCUCCCCAAAGGGAACCAAAACUCUGCUGCACCCACAAGCAUUAUUAUUGGGGUUUUCAUUGUCUCUUCAAUUUUGAUACACUGUUUUUAACAUUUUCCACCGGGGAUGCCUUCAACUCAGGUUUCUUAUCAACUCUAGAACCGAGGAUUUCAGGAGUCUCUUUGUGUCGGCGUGCUCAUGCAACAUGUAGCUAUUCUUUGGAUGACAAGUUACAGGGAGAGCUAGAUGAUACACAGGGAGAACAGAGAAAGCUAGAAACAGUUGGUGCGUUUCAGAAAAUACCAAUGGUGAUGCCUGCAACUGAUAUACUAAUGUCAGCACAAAGGAAAUCUAGAAACGUGCCACCAACAAAGGGUAUAGCAAAUAUUGCUAAGCGUGAAAGGAACAAAGGUGCGAAACAGCUUGAUGCCUUAAUGAAAGAACUUUCUGUACCGCUGAGAACAUACACAGAAAACUUCCCAAAGAGGAGAGAUUUGCAUCCUUAUGAGAGGUCUCUCAUUGAGUUGACUUUUGGCGAGGGUUAUUAUGAGCAGGUUCUAGGACGUGUAGAUACUCUCAGGAAAAGGAUUACUUCUGUUGGAAAGCAACAUGCUUCAGUCUGUGCUAAGUCAACAACAAAACGUGAAGCAGAGGAGCGCCUCACUGAGGGCAGAAAGAAACUCGAAGAGGCUUUCCAGCAUGGGAAGCACGCCAUUGAUGAUUUAGUAAAUGUAGCAAAGGCUUUGCGUUCUAUGCCUGUUGUUGAUCUACAUAUUCCAACACUAUGUCUAGUUGGAUCACCCAAUGUAGGGAAGUCAUCUUUAGUCCGGAUAUUAUCAUCUGGAAAACCUGAGGUCUGCAGCUACCCAUUCACAACAAGAGGGAUUCUAAUGGGUCACAUUGUAUCUAAUCAGGAACGUUUUCAGGUUACGGACACUCCAGGACUCCUGACAAGGCAUGAUGAUGACAGAAAUAACAUAGAGCGAUUGACACUAGCUGUCCUUUCUUAUCUACCUAUCGCUGUCCUGUAUGUGCAUGAUCUAUCCGAAGACUGUGGGACCUCAGUGGCCGAUCAGUACAUCACGUACAAGCAUAUUAAGGACAGAUUCGGUGACCGCCUAUGGCUUGAUGUUAUUUCCAAAUGCGAUCUUUUGGGAAAGAAAGAGCCCAUAAGUUUUCACGAUGCUGAUGAAGAUGUAGCACGGUACAGAAGAUUGGGGCCAGAAGGCGCCCUCCAAGUAUCUGUGCAGACCGAAAUCGGCGUCAAACAGCUUAAGGAAAGAGUGCAUGAGCUGCUGACCUCUCAGAUGGCUCGGAUCAAAUCUAGCAAGGCGGAGCAUGAAACACAUGAAGUAGGGACUAGUGUUGUUUACUGAAGUUUGACAAUAAUAAGGAUUCGAAUAUCAUGCUGGGUGUCCGCGUAAACAUUCAAUGUCGAUGAUGGUAACACAUUCCAUCAGUUGUCCUUUUGUCCAUUUGGAAAGGGUGGUCAAAAUUGCCCAUUAUGCGUUCUUUA